AACACACUUACACCGACAUUGGUCAUCAUCAUCAUGAAACAAUCACGGAAUUAUCCUCAUGUCAUGGAUUUGUCACUUAACAGGUGGGACAGCUUCGUUCGCGUUGCACGUGGCCUUUCGUUCUUGAACAGCAUGUACGUGCCAUACGCAGCGGUGUACUACGUGGAUCGCGUUCAUCUGAUGUGCUCCAUCAACGCCGCCUGUCACUAUCUCGCCAUGUCCGAUUAUCUCACUAUGGAGAUCAUAUUGUUGGCUUUCGGUGCGUUGGUGCAAUGCCCGAUUUGGUUCUUCGUGCUACUCCUCCUGGAUAUCAACAAGAGCGGCGGCAAUGUCAGCGAUAUCUUUAAACGUUACUUCCUGCGUGAUGGUGACUCUGUUCGUGAGGAAAUUAUGGAAAAUUCGGAUAUUGGCGAACACGAAGACGCGGAUGUAAAGAACGAGCGACAGAAGGUUUUCAAUUUUGUUGUUUCGCCAGCUCUUGGUCAAGAGCCGCCCUUAGUAUUGCUUCAAGUAAGUUAGUACAUACCAAAUUAUAUCAUUUGUUAUU